AUGCUGGUCGGCCAGCCUCCCUUUGACGGCGAAGACGAGGAGGAGCUCUUCGCCGCUAUCAAGGACCACAACGUCUCCUACCCCAAGUGCAUCAGCAAGGAGGCCAAGGAGCUCUGCAAGGGGCCAAGCGGCUGGGAUGCUCGCCGACGGGGGGAGGCCGACAUCAGGGACCACCCCUUCUUCCGCCGGAUCGACUGGGAGAAGAUCGAGACGCGGGAGGUGCAGCCGCCGUUCAAGCCGCGCAUCAAACACCGGAAGGACGUCAACAACUUCGACAAGCAGUUCACGUCGGAGAAGACGGACCUCACGCCCACCGACAAGCUGUUCAUGAUGAACCUCGACCAGACAGAGUUCUCCGGCUUCUCCUACCUGAACCCCGAGUACGUGCAGCACGUGUAGGACGUGAAUCAGGAGCUUGAACCGGGGGUACGCGCAGCACGCGUAGCACCUGGGCAUCAGAUGCGCGCAGCACGUGUAGAACCCAA